AUGGACGAAACCAACUUCAAUCUCUGGGCUACUCGGACCCGUUGUCGCAGUCUUCGAGGACGUCGUGCGGUGAAGAAGGUGUUCGCUGGCGGGGGCCAAAACAUGCACGUCAUUGCGUGCAUUUGCGAGCAUGGCCUGAUCUUGAGCGGUGUGGUGCUCGUCUUGGACAACGCACCCUGCCACUGCCGAGCUGUGGCGGUCUUCGAAGAGACCGAAUUUCUGGAUGCGAAGCUGCUUUGCCUCGGACCAUACUCACCCAUGCUCAAUCCCAUAGAGAUUUUUCCGAAUGAAAAUGUAUUCUCUACCUUCAAGAGCGCGAUGAAGGCGUUCAUGACUAACCACCGUAUGGGAAUCCUCGAUGUUCCCGCAGGCGUGACGAUGAAAGACCACCGCCAAUCAUUCCUACAGACAGCGGCGCAUCGCUACCCCCCUCAAGUGACCACUGUGGAAAACUGUCAGGCGUCGCUUUCACACCAUGGCGAGCGAUCUCCAGGACAUACCGGUCGGGACCUGAUUCUUGCUAGUGAGGCGUGUGCCAUUUGA